AUGUCGCUCUGGCCCCAAAGUUCAGGUGAAAGCUCAGACGAAUUCUCAGCUGGAAGUCCAGUUGGUGCAGCUGGAAGUCCAGUUGGCUCAGUUAGCCCAAUCUCGACUUGUCACAGAUGUUCUACAGACCGAAGCACCUUCUCUGUCAAUUCCCACUGGCAACCAGCAGGGGAGAAGGAUUCAGACACCGAGAUUAGCCAAUCGGCUCUUUUUCCUGCUGAAUCUGUGAGUUCUUGUUCAGAAAACAGUUCUUUCUUCAACAGUGAUGGAACACGGCGACUAGGUCUGCGGAUUUUCUUGGUGGUGGCCAUUCUCUCUGCCUUUUUCGUCACUGCUCUAGAAGCAUUUUUGUUUGGGCUCAUCAAUGUUCAUCGAGAGAGUUUCUCGGACGACAAGCGAUAUCUUGAAAUGUCGAUUUUCUUGGCCCUUUUCAUUUUCGCUGGCAUUUAUCAGACCGUGGUUGUUGUCGUGGCUCUUUGGUCGGAAAACAUUACUCUUUUAGCUGUGCUUUGUCUCUUCUACGCCAGCAUGCUUAUGUAUACGGGGAUCCAGUACAAGGAGGUUUCUUCCCGGAUCCAUUUGCACCUCUCUGCACCUUGGGAAGCAGCUACAAUGGUGGCCAACAUAGCAGCCAUAUGCGUAUUGGCCACGACACUUGUGGUUCAAAGUGGAUUGGUUUAUUUUGUGCUCCGCAAACAUCUUCGGUGGUGCAAUUUCAAAAAAACCGGUGCCAGUGUGGAAAUCAAACGUCUCUACUCGUAUUUCCAGCUCCACCGAUGCUUGCUUGUGUUUGAUUUUUUUUUCUUUGUUGGGUUCACGGUUCAGUUUCUAGUCAUUAUGGUUUCAGAUAAGCGUUCGGUGGAGUUUGUUCUUACAUGCUGCAUGCUCCCCUUGACUGUUGUUGUUCUUGUGGCCAGCGACUUUGCCGCCACCAGAGAAUUGGUUUUACUUUCUGCCACCACGGUUCUCUUUUUUGUUGCUGGCUCGGUCUAUGUUUUGUUCAAAAUGGUACGUCUUUUCACAAAAUACACCUCGGCGUACAAUGUGGCAUUGACGCCCGGAAACUACUUUCCCGGACGAACCUCGCUUAUAUGUUUUGGGUGUGUCACACUCGUCUUUUUGAUGGGCACAAUUGUGAUGGAAGGCGUGGCCAUGUAUGGAUACAACCGUGGACUAUUGCCAUAUGUGAGUACGUACUACAGCUGGUGGAAAAAGGGGGAAAGCCGAAGACACAGAGUCUGA